CCCCCACACCCAAAAAAAAAAUACAUAAAAUAAAAAGAUAGAACCCCAAAAACACAGUGAAAAAGGAAGAGUCUUUGCUAUUUGUUUUUUGUUGGGUUUUCUUUCACCUCAUCUGAAACUUGCUCACAAGGCUCAGAGGAGGGUUUAGCUUUUCUGGGUUUUUAUUGAUCUUGCUGUGGGUGUAAAGGGUUUGGGAAAAGAGGUGAAAAGAUAGAAACUUUGGGGCAUUGGAAUGUGGGGGAGCUCUGGAACUCCUGGGGAUUCUUUCUAUGAGGUCCGCUCUGAGUGCACAGAUGUACCCAAAAGCCGGUUCAAGAUCAAGGCAGGUAAAACUCUAAGUUCAAGGAAAUGGCAUGCUGCAUUUUCUCCAGAAGGUCGUCUGGAUAUAGGCAAGACUUUGAGUCGAAUCCAUCGUGGGGGUAUCCAUCCAUCAAUUAGAGGAGAAGUUUGGGAAUUUCUACUUGGUUGUUAUGACCCGAAAAGCACAUUUGAAGAAAGAGAGCAGCUCCGGCUACGUCGAAGGAUAGAAUAUGCUAGGUGGAAGGAAGAUUGCCGCCAAAUGUUUCCUGUUGUUGGAAGUGAUAGGGGGCAGGCUUUAUCUUCAGAGGAAUACUUUAAAGCCAAUGGUCAUACCCUGAAUCCUGCUAGUGCUUUGGAACCAGUCAAGGAUAAGAAAAUAAUCCAGUGGCUGCUUACGUUACAUCAAAUAGGGCUUGACGUGGUUCGGACUGACAGGACGCUAGUGUUUUACGAGAAGCAAGAAAACUUAUCAAAACUUUGGGAUAUUCUAGCUGUUUAUGCUUGGAUAGAUACAGAUGUUGGCUACUGUCAAGGAAUGAGUGAUCUUUGCUCCCCCAUGAUUAUCCUUCUCGAUGAUGAAGCUGAUGCAUUUUGGUGUUUUGAACGUUUGAUGCGCAGACUGCGAGGAAAUUUCAGAUGUACUGAUAACUCUGUCGGGGUGGAGGCACAACUAAGUAAUUUGGCGGCAAUCACUCAAGUCAUUGAUCCAAAACUUCAUCAGCACUUAGAGACACUAGGUGGAGGUGAUUAUUUAUUCGCUUUUCGGAUGCUUAUGGUUUUGUUCCGUCGGGAAUUCUCUUUUUGUGAUUCAUUAUACCUUUGGGAGAUGAUGUGGGCUCUUGAGUAUGACCCUGACUUGUACAGUGUAUAUGAAGAUUCUGAUACUGAUGGUGAAAGGGCUGAGGGAUCUGGAUCUUCUAAAGGGAAAUCAAAGUCGAAACGUCAUUAUGGGAAGUAUGAGAGGGAAAAUAUGAAAGUGAAAGGUUCAGAAGCACCUCUCCCAAUAUCCAUUUUCCUUGUUGCCAGUGUCUUAAAAGAUAAGAGCUCAAAAUUACUGACAGAAGCUCGGGGUCUCGAUGAUGUUGUUAAGAUAUUGAAUGACAUAACUGGAAAUUUAGAUGCCAAAAAAGCUUGCAGUGGGGCAAUGAAACUUCACAAGAAAUAUCUUAAAAAGGCUCAGAAAACAUAGCAUCAGCAUCCACAUAAAACUUUGGCACAUCAAGAAGGAAUGUUCUUUGCAUUCUUUGUUAAGGGAUCUUUACUUUUUUUUCCCAGUCUCGGUUUAGAGUUUACAGAGCUGCAGAGUUGGUCCAACCUCAAUGUUGCCACAAAAGCAAGCGGUGUUUAUUAAGUUGAUCCCAAUUAUUUGUAUAUUGAUAACAUUCUUUAUAGGCCUGUAAUUUGUAAACCAUCAAGAGGGCCUAUGUUAUGUGUAAUCUUGUGUUUUAUGUAAUGAUAUUAUGAGAGGAAAAAAAGAUGAUGCGUAUACACUGGG